GGACCGUCUUGUGGGGGGACCGUCCUGCAGGCGUACCGCCCUGCAGGGGCACCGCGCUGCGUGAGGACGCCGGGCGGUGUGGAGGAAAGCAAUUUUAAGGCUGAAUACAACUGUGAUGCACAUUGUUUGAUGAAGGCGGCAUUGCUUUUUUGUAGUCACUUUGCAGAAUUAGUUGGAUUGCGAAGUAAGGAAAAGUAUGACAGGAAAAGAAAGUGUGAACGAUUUUCAAGUUCAGGAUUUUCUCAGGAAGAAGAAAAAGAAGAAGAGAAAACACAAAGAAUACAAUGAGGCAUGUGAAAGUGAUGGAAAAGAAGAUACACAAAAUGCAGAGUUUAGUCAUGCUUCUCCAGUGCUGUUUGAAGAUGAAGCAGCACAGAACGAUGAAGGCCGUAAAAAGAAGAAGAAAAAAAAGACCACGGAGGAGAAGCAAGAGUCUUUGUUAGAUAAUUCUUGUGUAGAACUGGAAGAUGAAAUUAGUAACGAAAUGGCAGCACAGAACGAUGAAGGCCGUAAAAAGAAGAAGAAAAAAAAGACCACGGAGGAGAAGCAAGAGUCUUUGUUAGAUAAUUCUUGUGUAGAACUGGAAGAUGAAAUUAGUAACGAAAUGGCAGCACAGAACGAUGAAGGCCGUAAAAAGAAGAAGAAAAAAAAGACCACGGAGGAGAAGCAAGAGUCUUUGUUAGAUAAUUCUGGUGUAGAACUGGAAGAUGAAAUUAGUAACGAAAUGGCAGCACAGAACGGUGAAGGCCGUAAAAAGAAGAAGAAAAAAAAGACCACGGAGGAGAAGCAAGAGUCUUUGUUAGAUAAUUCUGGUGUAGAACUGGAAGAUGAAAUUAGUAACGAAAUGGCAGCACAGAACGAUGAAGGCCGUAAAAAGAAGAAGAAAAAAAAGACCACGGAGGAGAAGCAAGAGUCUUUGUUAGAUAAUUCUGGUGUAGAACUGGAAGAUGAAAUUAGUAACGAAAUGGCAGCACAGAACGAUGAAGGCCGUAAAAAGAAGAAGAAAAAAAAGACCACGGAGGAGAAGCAAGAGUCUUUGUUAGAUAAUUCUGGUGUAGAACUGGAAGAUGAAAUUAGUAACGAAAUGGCAGCACAGAACGAUGAAGGCCGUAAAAAGAAGAAGAAAAAAAAGACCACGGAGGAGAAGCAAGAGUCUUUGUUAGAUAAUUCUUGUGUAGAACUGGAAGAUGAAAUUAGUAACGAAAUGGCAGCACAGAACGGUGAAGGCCGUAAAAAGAAGAAGAAAAAAAAGACCACGGAGGAGAAGCAAGAGUCUUUGUUAGAUAAUUCUGGUGUAGAACUGGAAGAUGAAAUUAGUAACGAAAUGGCAGCACAGAACGAUGAAGGCCGUAAAAAGAAGAAGAAAAAAAAGACCACGGAGGAGAAGCAAGAGUCUUUGUUAGAUAAUUCUGGUGUAGAACUGGAAGAUGAAAUUAGUAACGAAAUGGCAGCACAGAACGGUGAAGGCCGUAAAAAGAAGAAGAAAAAAAAGACCACGGAGGAGAAGCAAGAGUCUUUGUUAGAUAAUUCUGGUGUAGAACUGGAAGAUGAAAUUAGUAACGAAAUGGCAGCACAGAACGAUGAAGGCCGUAAAAAGAAGAAGAAAAAAAAGACCACGGAGGAGAAGCAAGAGUCUUUGUUAGAUAAUUCUGGUGUAGAACUGGAAGAUGAAAUUAGUAACGAAAUGGCAGCACAGAACGAUGAAGGCCGUAAAAAGAAGAAGAAAAAAAAGACCACGGAGGAGAAGCAAGAGUCUUUGUUAGAUAAUUCUGGUGUAGAACUGGAACAUGAAGUUAGUAACGAAAUGGCAGUGGAUGCUUCCCAAAAGAAAAAGAAGCAAAAGAAGCGGAAGCAUAAUGAUAGUAUAGAUGAGCAAAGCAGUGUAGCCUGUGUCACAGUAGAUCAGCACACCACUGAAAGUUGUCAGGAGGUCAGUGCUGAUGGUGUUCUAAAUAAACAAUUUGUUAAGAAGAAAAGAAAAGAAAAAUUGCCUGAAGAGGAUGAGGUCCAUGAGCUGCCUACCUCAGAAACACAUGAUAAAAAUGACAAUGAAAGACCAAAAAAGAAGAAGAAGGAAAGACGCAGUAGUACCCAAAAUAUGGAGGAAGACGUAGAUGUUGCUGUUGAUGAGUCACUGUUGUCACCUCCAGAGCAAAAGAGGCAAAGGAAAGACACAGUGUUGCCAUUACCAGUGGAAGAGGGUGAUGUGGCAACACCCCAACAACAGCAUGAAGGUGGUGACUGUGAUGCUUCUCCUGCCAUGAGUGAAGAUUCUGCAAAUGUAGCUGCUGAGUUUUCGAAGCCGACCAAAGCAGCGGAUCAGUCGCCUCAAAAAACUCCAGCCCAUGCUAGAAAACGAAAAAAAAGUAUCACUUCUGUCACAGAAAAAAGCUGUUCAGAAUCUGACGUACUUAUCAGGACACCAGAACCCUUGGCAUCAAAUAGAAAGAAGGGCAAGAAUAGUUCCUUAACUGAAAGGUUAGCCCCUGUGGAGGGUAAUCUGGAUGAUGAAGAGUGUCUGGGUGAUGAAGAGGACCUGGAAUCUAGCACAUAUUCAAUUGUGGAUUUGGAUACUGCAAAACGAGAACUGGAAGAGUUUAUUCCUCAUGUGAGGAAUAUAUCAGACAGUUCAAUCAGAAAGGCUGGAAGAGACCUAGUGAGGUUUAAAGAGUUUAAAAAACAAGGUAUUGCUGUCAAGUUUGGCAGAUUUUCACAGAAGGAAAAUGAUCAAGUCCGGAAAAAUGUUGAACAGUUCUUGGCGAUUACUGGAAUAGACAGUGCUGAAAAACUCCUGUUUACCUCAAGAUAUCCAGAAGAUAAAGAAACUAUUAGUCGUCUAAAAGCAGAACAUCUGUUUUGUGAAAAAAUUUCUGAGGGCAUACCACGGCCAUGGAGGCUAAUAUAUUAUCGAGCAAGGAAGAUGUUUGACCCAAAUAAUUAUAAAGGGAGGUAUACUGAGGAGGAAAAAGAAAAAUUAAAGAAGUAUCAUGCUAUGCAUGGCAAUGAUUGGAAGAAGAUUUCUGAGAUGAUGUCCCGUUCUAACCUCUCAGUUGCUAUGAAAUACUCUGAAAUCAAGUCGGAUAUUAAUUAUGGUCCUUGGUCAAAGGAAGAGAUCCAAAAGUUAAUGCAUGCAGUGAAGGAAGUGAUUAGGAAAAGAGCAGAAAUGGAAGAUGCAGAUUCAGUUUCCUCAUUGAAAAAGUCAAACAGAGAGCUCUCGAUUGCCCGUGAGAAACUGCACCAAAAAUUACCAUGGACUGAGAUUGAAGCUAAGGUGGGAACUCGAUAUUGGAGACAAUGUAAACAGAAAUGGUCUACAAUUUUAAUGAACAAGAUGACCAAAGGGCAGCAGUUGUAUAGGGGGACCAAAGGAUUACAGGCCAGGAUCAAUCUCAUUAAAAGGUUGCAUGAAAUGAAAGUGGAGGAUUCUAAUGAAGUAAACUGGGAAGAACUUGGCAAUGCUAUUGGAGAUGUCCCUAGAUCCUAUGUUCAAGCAAAAUUUUACAAGCUAAAAGUCUCCAGUGUCCCCCUCUGGCAAAAAAAGACUUUUUCUGAAAUUAUUGAUUAUCUUUAUAAAGAGAAGCUUCCAGAACUUGAAGAAAAGUUAGCAAAAAAGAAUGGGAAACAUGAUAUUUCUGAGAAUUCAGCACCCAGGAAACUGGAGAAGUUUUUCCGUCUUAGUGACAUUUUUGACUCCAGUGAAGAGUGUGAGUAAUCGACUGCCUUAAAAGCAAUUCCUGCUCUGCGUAUUUAACUGCAAAAUGGAUCUGUUCGAAGGUGGGCAUGGAUCAACAACUGCAGGUACACAGGCUGUCUAAUAAUAGAAAAAGUAAAGCUAACGGGUGUAUGAUUUUCUUGUUUCAUAAUGACGACUGAGGUAAAUACAGGUUUUGUGCCACCUUUUAUUACUUUAAUGUCGCUCUGGUUUUAGAAGUCUUUAUUUAAGCAUCCAAGUUGCUUUCUGUAUGUCUUAAAAAUAACGUUUUUCCCACUGCUUUGUUUUCUGUGGAGUUGAAAGCUGCUGUUUACCCUUUGUGCAUGAACUUGGUUUUCAGAACUUGAGUGAAAUUUAAAUAAUUUUAAAAAUCCAUGGAAUUGGGAAAAUAAUUUCAAUUUGCUUUUGAAUCUCUGUAAUAAACAAAUCUUAAGACAUCUGUGUUGAUGGAAACAGCACAACUUUUGUUUUUUUAACAAGUAUUUUGUUCUUAAAGGCAACUGCUUUUUAGUUUUGAUAGACUUACACUUUUAUCAGCCUUCAAGAGAAGAGGGCUUUUUUGUCCAUUACUGUUCAUAAAUUGUAAUGUCAUUUCAUGCUAGCCAGAACAAUGCAUUUAAAAUGUUUUUGUUAAUAUUUGGAAUACAGAGAGAAAAUAAACUGUGUGUGUAUGUGUAUAUAUACACACACACACAUAUAUUUUUAUUGUGCUAAGGAGAAUUUUUAUAUUUAAGAAAACUGAGGGAUAAGAUGGAGGUUUUUACGCCUGUCUUUGUAUGAUAUUUUUUAGCUAUCUGCCUAGAGUGAUUAUUUGUAAACUGACUGAGGAAUGUAAAAAACCAAAAAAAUUCUACUGUGCGUGUAAAGUAUUUGUAUGGCCUGUUUCUAUUUUGUAUAUGCCAUAUUAGAAAGUAAUGUGAGAAGACUUGUUCUCGGGCAUACUACUUUUUGAUGGCCAUUUUGAUAAGUAAGAAUUUUCUUCUUUAAUUUAAGAAUUGACAUUGAAAAUGCAUAACUUUCAAUGGCUUGAAAUAAAGGCCUUGCUGGAGGUUC